GUCCCGGUGCUGAGUCCCUGGUGACACAUCAUCAGAGUGCGGCCGGUGGCUCCACCCGCGCCUGUCUCUGUCAGCGGGAGGGAUGGAGAGAGGUGCCGAGCCGGAGGAGCAGCAGCAGCAACAGAAGAAGAAAAUGAGCUCGGAGCGGAGGAGAGCCGAGCUCCGCCGGAGGAAGCUGCUGCUGAACUCGGAGGAGCGGCUGAACAGGAUCAUGGGUUUCAGUAAGAGCGGGCCGGGCCCGGAAGAGGAGAACCGAACAGAUUCUCUUCCACCAUUUGAACUGGAGAAAACAGAGUCGCUGCAAAAUUCUAGCCUUCCCAAAAGAACCCCAGGAAUCACAAAUGAAACUGCUGAUGGCUCAGUGGCAUCCAUUCAUUACACUAAUGCAAAAGAGCUUCAACAACCAUAUUCUGUAGACACAAGAGACUCGCUUAGCAAAAUUAAUGAGGCUGACAAUAGUUUAGGGCAAGGAAGUCGGCACUUGGGCAAAUCUGAUGUACCAAUAGAGCAGGCCCAGCGUGCUCCACGUCGUGGUAUUGAGCAGUAUAUAUCAAGAUUUGAUGAAGCAAUGAAACUUAGAAAUCAGCUGAUGAGUGAGAAGUCCGAUCAUGAAAAUGGAGGUGGAGCUGAAGAGUUUGGUACGUUCCGUGUUUUCCGAUUAGUAGGGAGUGCUCUGCUAGCCUUAAUGGUUCGAGUCUUUAUAUGCAAAUACUUGGCCAUUUUUGCUCCAUUUCUUACACUUCAACUUGCAUAUAUGGGCUUAUCAAAGUACUUUCCAAAGAGUGAGAAGAAGGUAAAGACUACAGUACUGACUGCUGCCCUGCUUCUGUCAGGAAUCCCUGCUGAAGUCAUCAACCGCUCUAUGGAUACAUAUGGAAAAAUGGGAGAUGUGUUUGCAGACCUGUGUGUCUAUUUUUUCACCUUUAUAUUUUCUCAUGAAGUAAUUCUUUUUAUUGGUGUUGAUUUGCCUUGAUGUCAUUGGGGCAUGAGAAGGAGACAAGAACAGUACAAGUUUUGUUUAAUCUAACUUUGCCAUUUCCACUAUGUCAUUCAUCAGUCUUAAUGGGCACUGGAUUUUUCAGAAAGUUGCAGGCUAUCCAACCCUUUUCUGAAUUACUAUAUUCAGAAAUAUCUGAAAUAAAAAAUGAACAGAUAAAACUAAAUUGUUAUAAGCUUAGGAAAACAUUUUGCAGAGAUUUUAGCUCCACAUAUUAGUGUUAUUUAUGAACCAAGUACAAGAAGAAAUAUUCUUCCUUUAAUUUAGGCAGAUUUUGACAUUAAAUGUUACGUUGGUACAGUUUUCGAAAGCUGAGUUCAAAAUGUACAAAAAUUUCAUGUUUGGCUGCACAUACAUCUGCAUAUAUAUGAGAUAACAAGGUGUAGAGCUAGAUGAACACUGCAGGCCAAGCAGCAUCAGAGGAGCAGGAAGGCUUAUCGUUUCGGGCCUAGACCCUUCUUCAGAAAAUUUUCUGAAGGAUUUUCUGAAGAAGGGUCUUGGUCCAAAACGUCAGCCUUCCUGCUCCUCUGAUGCUGCUUGGCCUGCUGUGUUCAUCCAGCUCUACACCUUGUUAUCUCAGAUUCUCCAGCAUCUGCAGUUCCUACUACAUCUGCAUAUAUAUGUCUGCUUAUAAACCACCUGUAGUGCAAUAAAAAUGCAGCCUUUAGCAUAGACAUUUUUUGUUUGAAAAGUUAACACGACUGUGAAUAUUACAAUUGUCUAUUUGACAUCUAUCUGCAUUGGUUUGAUACCAUGCUUUACUAGGAAGAUCCCACUGUCCAGUGUGUUUCUUAUUUGACUUUAAUUGUAACAUAUUGUGAUUAAGUUAUUUUACCCAUGUUUUGUAUUUAUAUUGUAUUAAAUCAUCUUGGUUAUAGUAACUUGUUGGAUACUAUGCAUUUCCUGUAAGUUGUCAAGGAGCAGAGCGAACAUUUUCAUUGUGCAAUUUAAGAUUCAUUAAAAGUUAAAUGCAUAACACUUCAGAAGUUA